AUGGCAGGGUUUUUGGAGCUCGAGUUCGAAAUCGGAUCUGCAUUUUGGCCGGAAGUUUUCAGCGCUUUGUCCAUGAUAGUUCCCUCUGUGCUUGCUUACCACACCGCGCCAGAGCUCGCCUCCAAGUCAGUUUUCCCGGAAGGCCUCUGGGCGCUGGCGGUAGGCACUUUUCUGCAUUGCCCCUUCAGUGUGGCCUAUCACCUGGCAUGUGCAGUGCUGGACCAGCGCGACGGUUUUGAUUCCUAUUCUACGCCCUUCCGCACCAUGGAUCUCACUGCGAUCCACUGUUCAGCCAUCAUAUUUGCUUGGGCGCUGAGCCAGGGCGAUUGGCUGUACACUUUUCUCAUGUUCGUCGUGAACUUCUCCUGCAUCGUUGUGCUUUUCAGCCGCCUCAUCCGGGGAAGGCCUGGAGGAUUGGACGAGAACAUCCGAAUCAGCGGCUGCGUGUUUCUUUUCUUAAGCUCAAGGAAGCUUUGUCAAGGUAGGAGGAAGAAGCCUGAGGGUGCUUGA